AAUACUCGACCUGACUAUAAACAAGCAAGAGAAUGGGAGGAGGGUCGUAUCAAAGAUAUCAGUAUACCACCAAUCUAUCUCCACCAACCUACAUUUGCAGGCAUCAAUGGGACUAUAAACGGAAAUAUAAAUAAUGGAACCUUUACUGGACAUUCAGAAAUAAUUAUUUCGAAAAGAAACCUGAAAGAGGAUGAUUACGUGCAAAAUCAAAUGAAACGGACAAGGAUGAGUCGCGAAAAAACACCCAAAAAUCAAAUAUGCCCGCCUUCUCUGCCUGUAAAUGAGCAUGUCAUAUGUGAAUUGCGGGAAUUACUUGCACGACAAAUAAUCGAUAUGACAGAUGUCAGUAUGAAUCAAAAUUUACGAUCGAGGUUGAAUGAAGGACAACAAUUUUGGCUUGAUAAAAUUCUAGAAAAACAAACAUGGGAUCAAACUGAUGAAUUCAAGGAUUUCUGUAGUCAAUUUACUGAAGAUAAUUGUAGUCGUAUCGACAUUUCCACUCUUAAUGCAUCAAGAUGUGCUGGAUUGGAAUUGAUGGGUGACAAUUUUGGAUUCUCAAUCAUCAAAGUUAUAUUACUUUUAAUUUCUUUUCAUUUGAUUCAGGUAAUAGGGAUUGCCGAAUUCUCAAGAGGUAUAAAAUCUCCAGAUACCAAUGAUGUUGAUGAUAAA